GUCCCUGAGCAGGAACAUUUUGAUCCUCGAGUCGAACGGAAAAUUGGUGCUCGAAACGCUCAGUUGCGGCUGAAUCCUAAUGCACAGGAGUUUACGAGUUGGUCAGUAGGUCCCACUGUACCCGUUGCGCAUCCAGGAGCAACUAAUCCUACCUUGCCUGGAGGAAUUGUGGAUAAGAUGGCAUUAACCAUAAAGCAGGGAUUUGCAUUGCCGAAAAAGGAAUUGACUGUGUUCGAUGGUGAUCCUCUCGAGUACUGGAACUUUAUCAAAUCGUUUGAAAACAGCAUCGUGAGCAAUGAAGCCAGCGAAAGUGAAAAACUCAUGUAUCUCCUUCAGUAUACAUCUGGAGUGGCAAAGGACACGAUCAAGUGUUGUUUAGUCAUGGAUUCAUCCCUGGGAUACCGAAAGGCGAGAGAGCUGCUGGAAGAACGAUUUGGACACCCCUUCACAAUUGCCUCGAAAUACGUAACCAAGUUAACAGAAGGACCCCCGCUUAAACCAUGGGAUCGCGCGGGACUACUUGCAUUUGCGGACAGAUUGAAAGACUGUCAACACACUUUGGAAUCCAUUGGAUAUCUGGAGGAGAUCAAAAGUGCAGACAACUUAAGAAGAAUUGUCCAGAGACUGCCGUUCCAUCUCCGUACCAAGUUUGUGGAACUAGCGGACCAAAUUCAGCAAGCUGGUCAAAGGACAAAUAUCAGCCACAUCGCCGAGUUUGUCCAAGUCAAGGCGAGAGCUGCCAAUAACCCAGUGUUUGGUUGCGUGGUAGAGGUUGCGCAUGACAGAGAAUCAGAGGCGAAAACCAAAGGGUAG